AUGUCUAAUAUUCGAAAAGAAGUAGUUAAUGCAGCAAUUAAUAGAGCAUUUUCAUUAAUAGAUACUGCUAUUCAUAAUAAUAUACAUAAACAUUUUGAAUUUAAAAAACAAACACUUCUUGCUGAUAAUUCUCUUACAGUAGAUGAAAAAACUGAAGCAAUAAAAAAAAUAACUGAAACUUAUGACAGAGAUAAAGUUUUUAAUAAUUCAGGAACAAAAAGAAUUUGUGAGAAUUGUAAUCAAGAAUGUUUAGCUACAUUAUUUUGUGAAUAUUGUGUUCGAAAUUAUUUAAAAGCAAAUUUUUCAAAUUGGACGUCUGGAAAUGAUAAUAUUGAUAAUUUAAUACAAAAAUGUCAAUCAGAAACACUCAUCCCGAAACAAAUAAUUGAAUGGAUACCAUAUAAUAAUUUACAAAAUCUUGAAUACCUAACAGAAGGUGGAUUCUCUAAAAUUUAUACAGCAAGUUGGAUUGAUGGAUAUUAUAUUGAAUGGAAUUCUAAAAAACAACAAUUAAAAAGAUUUGGAAAACAAAAAGUAAUACUUAAAAAAUUAGAAAAUGUUGAAAAUGCAAAUCAAAGUUGGUUUGAAGAGGUUUGUAUUUCAAAAAUGUAUAAUUAG